CAACGGCCUUGUUUCUGUCUCUUCUUCUGCCGUGUUUUGUUCUUUUCGCAACCAUCGCCGUUUCACACCAGCCAGGGAGGGAGGGAAAGAAAAAGGAGGAUGAAAUGAAUGUAUAAAAUCAAAGAGUUCAGGGCGAUCGAGACAACCGUUUGCGUUUAGCCGUCUUUUCUGGAUUACCUACCUUGACACGAUCUGUCAAAUACGACACAGCGCCGCCCCAUCUCCAUAACCGCUGACCAACCUCAGGAGCAACACAAGGAUUCAACAUUCACGAAAGCCCCGCUGAUGCACGAUUUCUCUGCGAAACAUUCAGGCACAAGAAUCACCGCGACAACAUGGAGAUACAAUUUACUCUGCCAAUCAACCCCGGCAAAAGCAAUCGUUCUGCCGAUGGCUCAGCUCCAUCUCAAGCAGAUUCCGCGUCAAACGGCCAAGGUGGCAUCCAUCGCUUUGCCCUAGAUUCAAGAGCAAGACACACUCGACGCAGCUCGACUCGUGCGCGUACUGGCUGCACAACCUGUGAAAAACGCCAUGUCAAAUGCGACGAGACUCGGCCAGCAUGCCUCAACUGCAUGAAGUGGCGCGGCUACUGUGAUUCCUACGCAGACAACUCCUCCUCCUCUUCUUCUUCCUCCUCCUCCCAGCUUGUAGCUCGUGCCCAGUCGUCCAAAGGCAAACUCAUCCAUUCCAAAAAGGCACCUCUACUCAUUAUCGAACCCUCCGUCAACACUAUUCGCUUCGCCAAUAGCGACCAGCACGAUUACUUUGUCGAAUGGUCCCACCUAUCCGUAACCUUCCUGGGCGGAUUCAUCGACCAGACUCGUCUUUGGACUGCCACGAUGCCCCAAGUUACUCUGGAAGAAAACACUCUGCGGUACGGAGCCAUGGCUGUGGGAGCCUUGCGAAAAGCAUACCAAGUCCAAGGCUCAGAGCUGGGACUCGACAACAAUAAUCGACACUACCUAAACGCCAUUGUCUACUAUUGCGAGGCUCUUCGAAUGCAGUCGGAGAUGAAGCCUACCAGGGAGGGCCUGCGAACUGCUCUGCUUUCUUCUCUCCUUUUCAUCUGCUUCGAAACUCAGCGAGGAAACGUCCCAGCCGCCCUGAAACACAUUACCCACGGCUUCACGAUGCUUAACGAGCUUGCUAAUUGUACUGACAAAGCGCCUGAUCUUGUUAGCAUCGCUCCCGCGCCACCAGCCCUAGUCCAAGAUAUUCUAGACUGCUACAAACCCUUAGAGCUGCAGUCGCGAUCAUUUAUGGGGUCCUAUAGGAAGUUCUUCUUCCCACCGAAACCUCCCCAGCAGUCUUCAUCACCAUCACCAUCAGAUCCCUCAUCUUCGCCAUCUGCCUCUACGUCAUCGCUGCCACCGCAGAAUCCGCAACAACAAAACCAAAGGAGACUCGAAUAUUCAAAUACAUCCCAACCAGCAGGCCAUAGCCCCUCGAACCAGCCUCAAACACCCCCUAUGUCGUCGCCUCCGCCUCAUAGCCCCCAGGCCCAUACGACAGGCCUACCGAGCCCUCAAAGCCAGAGCGACCCUUCUUCUCCUCAGCCGCCCCCUGCUCCUCGACGACCGCCAGGAAUAAUCCCGUUUACGAAGCACUCUCCAUAUUUUCGGCCAAAACUCACCAGAAUCGUCUCCUUGGACGAUAUGCCGCGUACCUUUACCUCGUGGGAUGAAAUGCGUGAUUAUUGGGGGCUUGUCCAGAGGCAAAUGGUGCGCCAUGUCCCUAUGCUUACCAGAGUGACAUCGGAACUUGCUCUUCACAAGACAACCGACCCUGCCGAGUUGGAGAGGAAAUUCGGAAGCCUCAAGACAAACGUAACGCUGUCGAAAUUCAUUGCAGAGUCCCGAUACUGGCUUCAGCGCUGGACCGAGGCAUACCAGCCCAUGUACCAGUCCGUACUUCGCAACGCUGCAAACGAUCGGCAGCUUUACCUACAGGCCAUGAGCAUUCGAAUCGAGUAUCUAAUCCUCUAUAUUUACACCACCGUCCCUCGUUACUCCAGCCUCAUAACCGUCAGGGGCCUAACGCCACAAUACCGCGAAAUUACGACCCUCGCCGAAGAACUGCUACAAGCUCGACCUAACUGUGGUUUUGCCAUGGACGCAGGAUGGACAUGGCCCCUAUUCGUCGUCGCCUUUGGCUGCCGAGAUCGCGCCGUCAGGGAGGAGGCAAUUCGAAUCCUCGGUCAAUACCCCAUUCGCAACGCCUUGCGCGACAGCAGAGUCUUCAGGGCCAUUGCCAUCAAGAACAACGAGACCGAAAUCACAAAUGGCAUAGAGGGCGACGAGAAUGAGCAAUGGAUGCGUCUCAGGAGGCGCGAGCUGGUAUUUGAAGAUUUUGGCUCCUCCAUCAUCUUCCGGUUUGUGCAAAAGGAUCCUGAGACAGGGAAAUGGGAACUGGUGGAAGAGGCGAGCGACUUUUUGGUCGGACCUGACGGUCGGCUUCCAUGGCGGAGGCAACCUAUUUCUGAAUCAGAGUCAAUUCUUUCUGGCGUAUGUUGAUAACAAACACAAAUAAAACUUUUUUUCAUCCUCCUUUCUCUCUCUCUCUCAGACUGCAUACCCGAUAUGCUGUUGCUAAGCGUUGCUAGGUAGUCUGGCUUCCGUUUCGAACUCGCUUUCUUGAGGUAUUGUCCCGAUUACGAGGUACAGUUGGCUUUCU